AUGAGAGUCGACCCGUGCUAUUUCUGCGGUCGCCCGACCUUCCCCAGCAAGGGCAUACUCUUCAACCGCAAUGACGGACGAUCAUUUAGAUUUUGUCGGAGUAAAUGCCACAAAAACUUCAAGCACCGCCGAAACCCGAACAAGCUCAAAUGGACCAAGGCGUCGCGCAUCAAGGCCGGCAAGGAGAUGACGGUCGACAGCACGCUGCUGUUUGGCGCGCGCCGCAACGUCCCCGUCCGGUACAACCGCGACCUCAUGGAGAAGACGCUGCAGGCCAUGGCGCGCGUCGGCGAGAUCAGGGCCCGCCGAGAGCGCGUCUUCUACAAGCGGCGCAUGGCGGGCAACCGGGCCCGCGAGGUCGCCCAGGCGCGGAAGCUGGUGGCCGAGAACGCGCACCUGCUGCCGCGCCUCCGCGGGAGCGAGCUGCGUCGGCUGCGCGAAGCCCGCGAGGAGGACGGCGACGUGGCCAUGGACGUCGACGACGAGACGCUGCAGGACGCCCGGGUGGCCUCGAAGCGCAAGAGCCAGGUGUUUGGUGGUGAGCAGAGGCGGCUCAAGGUUCGCAUCGGUGGGGAGACGGACAUGGCGCAGGAUUCGUAG